AGCAACAGUUGGAGGAUACAUUUUGUGUGAACAACAUUACCCGGCGGUGUCUCGACUAUUAUCGUUUCUCGAAGUGUGCCAUUGUGUAAAUAACUCAACAAUCAUGACCGGAGGCUGCUGGCAACAUUGCAACGUGGAGGGACCCUUCCCUACCAACAUGGUCCGCGCUGGCAUGGACGCCGACGGAUCAGUCAUCUACGCUGGUCGUGCCUUCCAUGAGGGUGAGAUGAUCCCGGCCAAGGUGAUCCCAUCGAAGAAUGUGGCCUACAUCGCCUUCGGCGGCGAGGAAAUCCUGAAGGAAGACUUUGAGGUGCUUCGACAGGGCGAUUUUGUGUGGGAGUUUUCCGCGAACGGAGUGGUACCGGAGGGUGCCGUCAAGAUCGGAGCCACCGUCGAUGGGGAGCCGUUGUACAUGGGCCGUUGCCUGCACAGUGGAACGCAAACGCCCGGAAAGGUGCACUCGUCCCAUGGUUGCCUGUACAUUCCGUUCGAGGGAGCCGAGAUCAGCUACCCCGAGUAUGAGGUGCUGUGCUUGAAGUAAGAUGGUUCGGAUUAUGUCGAGCAAGGAAUUUGAAGAUUUUUAAUUGCGAAUAAAUAUACGUAUAUUUUUGAGGAA